CCGAGUCACCUGCCGCGCCUAGGGUUUUAGGGUUUUCUUCUCCGCUCCCCGGCCCCCAUUCGCAAGCCCCUCCCCCACGCAGCUAGCGACGGUCUCCAUGGCGAAAAGGGGGACGAAGAGCAAGCAGGCGCCUGCCUCGGCGAAGAAGGGGAACAUGGCGGCGCCCCCGAAGGCCGCGAAGAGGGCGCCAAAGAAGCAGAAGCUUCUCGAGUCCUCCGACGACGACUCCGAGCCGGAGCAGCAGCUCCAGGAGGAGUCCGACCUUGACGUCCCCUCUGAUUCCAACGCUGAGGAGCUAUCUGGCUCCGACGCCGAGGCCGACGAGCACUCGGGCUCGGACGCCGAAGCCGAUGGAGGCUCGAGCAGCGGCGACGAGGUGGAAGAGGACGAGGAUGAUGAUGAGAGCGAUGGUGACCCCCUCGCUGACGACUUCCUCGCUAGCAGUGACGAUGGAAGCGAGUUAGGAGACGACUCUGGACAUGAGUCUGAUGACCUCGAAGCGAAGUCACGGGCAAUCGAUGAACGGAAGGAUAAGGAGGAGGAAGAGGCAGAGGAGGAACUUCAAACCAACAUUAAAUCAGAGUCUGAUGAGUUCCGAUUGCCCACAAAGGAGGAGCUGGAGGAAGAGGCACAUGGACCACCUAACCUCCCUAAUCUCAAAAGGAGGAUAUCGGAAAUUGUUCGAGUGCUCUCAAACUUUAGCAAGCUGAGACAGAAAGAUGUCCCACGAAAAGAUUAUGUCAAUCAGCUCAAGACUGACAUCAUGUCAUACUAUGGAUACAAUGAUUUUCUCAUCGAAUCAUUAAUUGAGAUGUUCCCAGCUGUCGAGCUUGUUGAGUUACUGGAAGCGUUUGAGAAAAGACCUCCUGAGUGUCUGCGGACAAAUACACUGAAGACCCGGAGGAGGGAUCUUGCUGCUGCUCUUAUACCAAGAGGGUUUAAUCUGGAUCCAAUAGGCAAGUGGUCAAAGGUAGGAUUAGUUGUCUAUGAUUCCACCAUUUCAGCUGGUGCUACUACUGAAUAUAUGGCUGGACAUUACAUGAAACAAGGUGCAAGUUCUUUCUUACCAGUCAUGGCUCUUGCUCCUCACGAGAAGGAGCGAAUUGUUGAUAUGGCAGCUGCCCCAGGUGGCAAGACUACUUACAUUGGUGCUCUUAUGAAGAAUACCGGAAUCAUCUAUGCAAAUGAGUUCAAUGAGAAAAGGUUGCAUGGACUGUUGGGCAACAUACAUCGCAUGGGUGUGACAAAUACCAUAGUUUGUAACUAUGACGGUAAAGAGCUACCUAAAGUUCUUGGGAUGAAUUCGGUUGACAGAGUAUUGCUGGAUGCUCCCUGCACGGGCACUGGGACCAUUUGGAAGGAUGCACAAAUAAAAACAUCAAAGGACAUUGAAGACAUCAGGAAUUGUGCUUUCGUUCAAAAGCAAUUGCUGCUAGCUGCUAUUGAUUUGGUUGAUGCCAACUCCAAAACCGGUGGUUACGUUGUUUACUCAACUUGUUCAAUAAUGAUCCCAGAGAACGAGGCAGUAAUUGACUACGCCCUUAAAAAGAGAAACGUGAAGCUUGUGCCAUGUGGACUAGAUUUUGGGCGUCCUGGAUUCAUCCGGUACCAGGAGCAUCGGUUUCAUACUUCUUUAGACAAAACAAGAAGGUUUUAUCCUCAUGUCAACAACAUGGAUGGAUUUUUCGUUGCUAAGCUGAAAAAGUUGAGCAAUACAAUCCCUGAGACGUCUGAGCCAUCUAAAGUGUCUGAAGGAGCAGCUGAGAAGGCUGAUCAUACCAGUGAUGGUGAAGAUGUGAAAACUAUUCCUGAUGAACCACCCGUUCAGAUGAAAAAUCAUAAAGAGUUUAAGAAGACUGAUGAACGAUCAAGUAUCACCAAUGAGACUGGAGACAAUAAACGUGUACCUGAUAGGCCAGCAAAGCAGGUCAAGAACGAUAAGGGUACGAAGAAAACUGAUGGCCGUAAAAGCACUGAAACAAAUGGAGAUGGGGAAGAAGUGCACCGUGGACAAACUGAGCAGACAAGCCACAAAAAGAAGUCUGCUUCUGAUAGAACUAAAAAAAUUGGCCCUAAGAGCUCCUCAGGUAUCAAAGAAAAGAAACCAGUUAGUGACAAGAAGCGGAAAAAGAAGUGGCAAUUCAAGUUGAGGCGAGACUGGGAGACUGAAAAGAAAUCCGACAAGAGAAGGAAGGUAUGAAAGAGUACUUCAGACACCGACAAGUUUCAUAUGAGGUGCAAUUCAAGGAAGUCAUACACCGAAUUUUCGGUCAUCGAGAAGUUGUGUAUUUUUUGUCUUGAUUUAACGUAUGCCUAGAUAUCUUAAUUAAUAUCAGUAAUGAAUGGCAUUAAGCAUGUAAAACCGUAAGCAAUUUUUCAUGAUGAGUUCUAUGGAAGCCGAGUGACUUAA